UUCCCUAGCUCCUUGCGCAUGGUACGCCCAGUGGCCAUCGCUUCACCGACCUCCAGGCUCUUUAACAGCAACGCCAUGCGUGAGUUCGAUAGCGACAAUGACGAGAGUGAGUUCAGUGAUGAUCGUUGCCGCGAACGCUCACUUUCUCGCUGUAGUGAUGGUUUCUUCUCAUAUGUGUUUGAUCCUUUCUCCCCAGCGAGGAACCUGAGCCAAGUCCUGAACAUGAUGAAUCAAUUCAUGGAGAAUCCAUUUGUGGCUGCAUCGCAUGGCAUGGGAGGAGGUCUUCGCCGAAGCUGGAGCGCUAAGGAAACGGAAGACGCCUUGAACCGUCGAAUUGACAUGCAUGGGCUCGGGAAAGAGGAUGUCAAAGUGUCCUUGGAACAGAACACUCUGGUCAUCGAAGGCGAGGCCAAAGAAUCUAACGAGGGGGGAAUCUAA